ACAGCUGAUUGGCUAAUUCCGCGUCCCCGCUCUGCGGGUCUGAGUGUGUCCGGGGACAGGAAGAGUUGAGGACGGAGGACAGUCAGCUGAUCGAGGACAUGAGGACAGUCAGCUGAUCGAGGACAUGAGGAGAGUCACGCUGUUCGUCCGCGGAACCGCCACCAACGGAAAGGUGCUGGCCGUGUACGGCUCCCUCGAGGACUUACUGUCCGCCGCGAGCUGCAAACUGGGAGUCAGAGCCGCGAGCGUUUACAACGGGAACGGCGGCCUCAUCGAUGACGUCACGUUAAUCAGAGACGAUGAUGUGCUGUACGUAUCAGAGGGAGAUCCAUCUGAAGAUCCUCAGGAGGAGCUCAGCGGCCCUGAAAAGACUCACACCGAUUGGCUGACGCUCAACGUCGGAGGACGCUGCUUCACGACCACGAGGAGUACUCUGGUCAGCAAAGAGCCGGAGAGCAUGCUGGCCCACAUGUUCAGGGAGAAAGAUGUUUGGGGGAACAAGCAGGACUCUCAGGGGGCCUACCUGAUAGAUCGCAGUCCAGACUACUUUGAGCCCAUCCUGAACUACCUGAGACACGGACAGCUGAUCAUCAACGAAGGCAUCAACCCUCUGGGUGUUCUUGAAGAGGCUCGAUUCUUCGGGAUUGAACAGCUCGCAGAGCAGCUGGAGGCCCUUAUAAAGGCCUCUCAGCCCCCUGAUGACCACUCACCUCUGAGCCGCAAAGAGUUUAUUCGAUUCCUGUUGGCCACGACGACCAAGUCAGAGCUGCGGUGUCAGGGUUUGAACUUUAACGGCGCCGAUCUGUCGCGCCUGGAUCUGCGCUACAUCAACUUCAAGAUGGCCAACCUGAGAGGAGCCAACCUGACCCACGCCAACCUGAGCGGGGCCAACCUGGAGAGAGCGGACCUGUCCAUGGCCUGCCUCGAUGCAGCCAACCUGCAGGGUGUGAAGAUGCUCUGCACGAACGCUGAAGGAGCUUCGCUGAGAGGCUGCAAUUUUGAAGAUCCUGCUGGAAUCAAAGCCAAUCUGGAGGGAGCCAACCUGAAGGGCGUGGACAUGGAGGGAAGUCAGAUGACGGGGAUCAACUUGAGGGUCGCCACGCUGAAAAAUGCCAAACUGAAGAACUGCAAUCUGAGAGGAGCCACGCUGGCCGGGACGGACCUGGAGAACUGUGACCUGUCCGGAUGUGACCUUCAGGAGGCGAACCUGAGAGGCUCCAAUGUGAAGGGGGCCAUCUUUGAGGAGAUGCUGACCCCUCUGCACAUGUCUCAGAGUGUGCGGUGAAACGCCGGCGUCUUCCCAACAUACACUCCACACGCGUGUUUCAUGAUCAAACAAACUGUCCCGCCGCGAUGCAGCUCGUCACCAGAGAACCUCAAAUUUUUUUUUGUUUGUUUGUGAGAAGCUGGAACCAAAGAGGAUAAAUGACAAUUCAUUCAAACUGGCGUCUCCCAUCAUCUCACGACCCCUCAGAUUUAAUCCGACGACCCUUUGGAGGGCCUGGCCCCUCAGGUUGGGAACCAGAGUUAGUUAAAGGAACAAUAUGUAACGCCGAGUGGUUACAAAUUGGUACUGCAGUCCAAAUUCUCAAACUGAAGCUGUGAAGCCAGAUUACGGUCAGAUAUUUAAAGAAAAGAUCAUUUUUCAUAAGGAGUUAGGAGACGCCUGUACUUGAUGUUUUUUUAAUAUCUGGUUGUGGCGUUACGGAGAUAAUAAAGGAAGCAACGCGUUCUUUGAAGGAAGUAAAACAGCUUCUCGUUCUGAGACGUUUCCUCGUUUCUGACCUCGAACUAUCUGUUGGAUGAAGUUCAAGCGUGACGUUUAUCUCUAACUUUUGAAGUUCAAAUUUAAAAAAUCACGCCCCGUUUUCCUGCGAGCAUCUUGUUUCUUAUUUGUGGAUCAUGAAACACGCGUUUGUCCGAUGCCAAACUUCUGCUCUGAACCAAACACCACCGAGUGUCGACGCUUUGAGCCGCUUCGACUUUCUGCACUUUUCUUUCCCUCCGUCGCCGACAGAAGUAGCUUCACCUUCACUUCCUUUUUUUUUUCUUUCUUUUUGGACUCAAAAUGUUUCUGUGGGUUCAUCAGGAAGUUAGCGGCAGGAUUCUGAAUGUAGUUUUGGAUUGUUUAUCAUCUUCAUGAAGCCUUUUGAGCAGAUUCAAGAUGUAGUGCUGCGUUCUUCGUACACUGAAUGUUCCUUCAAACCUCUGAGACUCGAUGUGAUGACACUUUGACUUUGUGUACGGCUCAUGUGAAUUUCAGGUUUUUAGUCUUUGUGUAACUCGUCGUAUUACCUCUGAGCGGCGCUCGCUGAUGUUGCUCCUGCACGUCGUCUGACUUAUUUUGUGACUGUAACAAACGUGAGUUAAGAGUCGGUUAAAAUGAAGCUGGUGUGUCGGAGCUUUGUGGUUUUACUGUGCUAACAGGAGCGUGUGCAGUUCUAGUAAAUGUGGCGUUCUACUGAGCGGUGGUGGAUGUAUUCAUGAUGUGAGUCAACACAAACAUGACAUGAAAAUAUGAAACCACCGAGGUGCUAAACCUGAACCGUCUGUUCUGCUGUCUGUGAUGUUAUUUUAUGAUCUUUAAUAAACGUUUUUCUUCAAACUUU